GGCAUGCCGGGAAAUGAGGCUGGACGAGCCGGUGGGCGGCUGCCGAGGUCACAUCGGACUACAUUUCCCAUCGGUACCGCCGCCAACGUUGAUUGGCGCGUGUGAGGGAAGCCGAAACCAACAAUUCGGGCGUGAAGGGAGGAUGCGAAACCCAGAAGGCCUAGAAAGGGGCCGCUGGCCCCGCCCUCGCCCGGCCCUGUGGAAGACUGUGCUUCCACCUUUCAAGAGAGCGUGAGGUACGCCGUGCCUGAAGUUGCCUUGGAUCGGGAUUUCAAAGCCGAGGCGCCAGCAUCCCGCACCUCCUGUCAGAGCUUGACAAGGACGAGCGGCAGGAUGUGGCUGUCAUUCCCUGUACUACUCCUGUCCGCUCUACCCGCAGCGUUGCUGCGCGGGGCGGCCGGCUUCACACCCUCUUUGGACAGUGACUUCACCUUCACGCUGCCGGCCGGCCGGAAGGAGUGUUUCUACCAGCCCAUGCCCCUGAAGGCAUCGUUGGAGAUCGAAUACCAAGUUUUAGAUGGAGGAGAAUUAGAUAUUGAUUUCCAUCUUGCCUCUCCAGAGGGCAGAACCUUAGUUUUUGAACAAAGAAAAUCAGAUGGUGUUCAUACUAUAGAGACUGAAGAUGGUGAUUACAUGUUCUGCUUUGAUAAUACAUUCAGCACCAUUUCUGAGAAGGUAAUUUUCUUUGAAUUGAUCCUGGAUAACAUGGGAGAAGAGGUUCAAGGACAAGAAGACUGGAAAAAGUAUAUUACUAACUCAGAUGUCCUGGAGAUGAAACUAGAAGAUAUCCUGGAAUCCAUCAACAGCAUCAAGUCCAGGCUAAGCAAAAGUGGCCACAUACAAACUCUACUUAGAGCAUUUGAAGCUCGAGAUCGAAACAUACAAGAAAGCAACUUUGACAGAGUCAAUUUCUGGUCUGUCGUUAACUUGAUGGUCAUGGUGGUGGUGUCAGCUAUUCAAGUUUAUACGCUGAAAAGUCUAUUUGAAGAUAAGAGGAAAAGUAGAACUUAAAACUCCAACACAUUACUUAACAUUGAAAAAAAAAAAGGUAGAAAAUUCUAACACUGUUACAGUCAAGAUAUUAGUCAUAUUUCCCAUAACAUUUUCAGAAAUGUAUGUAAGAUAUGUAAAAUUUAAUAUGAAAGGAAAAUCAUCACUUUAUGUCUAGAUAACAUUAUUGACCCAGUUAUACUUAAGUAUAAAGCAAGAUGUCAUGUAAAAUUUAGAUUGAAUUGAAUGAACCAUAAUAACUAUUUUCAUAAGGUUAAAAGUCUUUCCAAGAUAACAUAUAUGAAUAAAGUGAACUAAUAAGGUUCAUAAACAAAUGCCACCAGUUUGCUUUUACCCAGAAUUUUCUCUGUACAUGUGGCAGGUACAAGUUAAUUAAAGAUGUUUCCAAUACAUUACAUUAUAAAUCA